AUGUUACAAUCAGAUACAGUUAAUAUAGAUGAUUUUGAUCUUAAACAGAUUCAUGAUUUUGCCGUUGAUUUAGCAAGACAAGCCGGUCAAAUAUUAAUUAAUGAUUCAUUAACUAGAAAUCAUAAUAUUCAACUUAAAAAGAAUGCAGUGGAUAUAGUUACGGAAACUGAUUUAAAAAUUGAAAAUUUUAUUAAAUUAAAUAUUCAAAAAUCUUAUCCUGAUCAUAAAUUCAUUGGUGAAGAAUCUUAUAGUACUAAAAAUGCUAAUGAAAAGACUUAUCUUGUUGAUAAUAGUCCAACUUGGAUUGUUGAUCCCUUAGAUGGGACGGUUAAUUUCGUUCAUUUAUUUCCAAUGACUUGUAUAUCAAUUGGGUUCACUAUCAAUGGUAAAGCAGUAGCGGGAGCUAUAUUUGCUCCCUUUAUAAAUCAAAUGUAUUCAGCUCAUAAAAAUGGAGGGGCAUGGUUAAAUGAAACUACAAAAUUACCCUUACAACAAACUCCAAUAUCAAUUGAUGCUCCCAAAGGAUGUAUAUUUCUGUGUGAAUGGGGGAAACAACGAGGUUAUACUGAAAAUCUGAAUUUAUAUAAAAAGGUGAAUUCAUUCAUUAAUAUGGCAGCUGAAAUAGGAGGUAGAGAUGGUAAAGGAGGAAUGGUUCAUGGAGUUCGAAGUUUAGGUAGUGCUUCAUUAGAUCUUUGUUUUGUGGCUACUGGAGCAUUUGAUAUAUGGUGGGAAGCAGGAUGUUGGGAAUGGGAUGUAUGUGCUGGAUUUAUCAUUGUAGAAGAAGCAGGAGGUAUUAUCACCACCGCUAACCCACCAACAGAUUAUGAAAAUGUAGGUAUUCCACCGGCUCAAUUGGGUUCCAGAUUAUAUCUUGCUAUCAGAGGAUGUACUGAUAAUACUGAUGCUAAAGAAACCAGUAAACAAAGUCAAGAACGAGUAAUUAGGCAAGUAUGGAAACGAGUUGAUCAUUUAGAUUAUACUCGACCUGGCGUGUAA